AUGUUUCGUUCAAGCGUGAAGGGAGAUCUCUCCACUCUCUUUAGAAAGGCUUUACUGAACACGACCACUCAUAGCUCAUUCGGAACAUCCACAACAACUUUAUCAUCAUGGACCAUUGGAAAGGGUGGUAUGAGCAAUUUUCCAUUCAUGUCCGUUCCAUCCGUUAAUAAAACGAAAAAGACAGCCUUUAAUGGGGAUUAUCAAACUCCGAUUGCUAUUCAAUUGGCAAAUCAAAUGAAAACUAUUCCUCCGAUGGAUUUUGCCAAAAUAUUGAGCGAGCAAGUCAUGAAACAGAAUCAAGAAGAGGAAAAGUUGUUGGAUCAGAUUGAAAUUGUUGCUAAUGGAAUCAUCUCCAUUUCACUCCGUGAAGAAUAUGUGAAACGAAAAAUUAUUGAAAUUUUCAAGGAGAAGAGGAGACGAGAAGAAAUGAAUGAUACUGCUCUGAAACAAGAUAAAAUCAAAGUGGUCGUGGAUUUUUCAAGUCCUAACAUGGCUAAGAGAAUGCACGUUGGACAUUUGAGGUCUACCAUUAUUGGAGACUGUAUUUGUAGAGUUUUGGAGAGAGAUGGAAGGUUUGACGUCGAGCGUGUGAAUCAUGUAGGUGACUUUGGAACCCAGUUUGGAAUGCUGCUCGCCUAUAUUGAAACUAAGAAAGUGGACAUUUCUUUUUUGAAGACCUUAGAACCAGCUCAACAAUUAGAAACUGUUGAAAAUUAUUAUAAGGAAUCGAAAAAAUUAUUCGACUCGGAUGAACAAUUUAAAAGUCUGGCUCAUCAAAAAGUCAUUCAAUUACAACAAGGAAAUGAUGAAAACGUUCAAUCAUUGUGGAAAUAUUUAUUGGAGUGUAGCAGAUAUGAAUUCGAUUCAAUUUAUCAACGUCUGGAUGUAAAACUUGAAGAAAAGGGAGAAUCUUUUUACAAGCCCUACAUUCCACAUGUGCUAGAAACAUUGAAGCCUGUCAUUAAGGAGAGCAAAGGCGCAAGAUGUAUCUUUACCGAAGAUGAACCAGGCAAGAAUGACUCCUCUUUGCCAUUGUCCACAAUAGAAACAACGAACACCGAGGAUCAACAAGAACCACCUCUCAUGGUACAAAAAGCGGAUGGAGGUUUCACCUAUGAUACAACCGAUCUGGCCACUCUUUGGUAUAGAUUGAAUGUAUCUAAGGCAAAAUGGUUGAUAUAUGUGACUGAUUCGGGACAAGCUUUACAUUUCAAGCAUAUCUUUAAAGUUGGAGAAAUGAUGAACUGGAUUGAUCCGCUAGACUCCAGCAAAGAUAUCAUUUGGCAAGAAAAUAUUUCAGAAAUUGUGAAUUCUCCUAAAAAGGUGAGAAUUGACCAUGUAGGAUUUGGAGUAGUGUUGGAUGAAGAGAAGAAGAAAUUUAGAACUAGGUCUGGAGAAACUGUGAAAUUACAUGAUUUACUGGAUGAGGCUGUGAAAAGAGCAUUUGAUAUUAUCAAAGAAAAAAAUAUCAAACGAUGUGAAGAAGACGAAAGUGUGAAACCAUUGAGUGAUGAGCAAAUUAUGGAGACAGCCAAAGUAGUUGGCUAUGGAGCGGUCAAGUAUGCAGAUUUACGAACCAAUCGAUCAACAAAUUACAUCUUCUCCUACGAGAAAAUGUUAGAUUUUAGAGGAAACACCGCUGUGUAUUUACUUUAUGCCUACGCUAGAAUUUGCUCGAUCAUUGAAAAGUCUGGAGAAAAAGACCUGCUUCAAGAAUUGCAACAACGAGCCGCUUCAGGAGAUUUGUCACUGUUUUCUGAUUUCAAAAGCUCAAAAGCUGAAUGGAAAUUGUCCUUAAAGCUUAUUGAGUUCCAGGAUGUGCUAAAUUUGGUCAUGGACAAACUGGAGCCUCAUUAUCUGUGUGAAUACUUGUUUGACUUGUCGAACGAUUUCAGCGCUUUCUUUAGAGAUUGCAAAGUCAUUCAGGAGGACAAACAACUGCAACGAUCGAGACUGCUGUUAUGCGAAGCAACUGCACAAACCAUGAAACAAGGUUUUGAUUUGUUGGGCUUAAAAACUCUCAAUAGACUCUAA